UAUAAAUGCACAUAAAAUGAGAUAGAUGAUUUGAUCUGGGUUAUAAUUAUUGACUAGGAUGAUGUGCCUUGGAGGAGACUUCUCCAUCUUACAGAUAAUAUCAACAUUCCAGAAUAUGUGAAAAAUUUUGAGAAAACAAGAAGAAAAAGGUCGUCAUCACCUUAUCCAUAUGAACUUCUACCCCACACACCCACACAAAUAUCUCUAGCCUUCCUCAGUUCAUGGAAAUUCUCAUCUCCUACUAAAUUUCUUGCAUUAUAAAUUUGGGUUCAUCAGGAAGAGUGCUCACAGAUCUAAGAUCAUUUAUCUGUUUGAAAUUUACAAAAUUAAGUUUGAGAAAACAUACCAAAAGUUUGUCCAAAAAUGCAAGCUUUGAACAUGGCAACCCCUCUGUUCACCACUGUAACUCCCAAUGCCACCAAGCUACCCACAAAUUUACCAUUAGCCCCGAAGCCAGCCACCUUGUCGGCGGCGGCCGGCUUCCGUUCUUCUUCUUCUCUGAAAACUUCUGCUGCUGCAGCUACUGCCGUAUACGAAACAGUGGACUACAACUCCACAUACUCGGUAUUCCCAGCAGAAGCCUGUGAGACACUUGGAGGAGAUGCUUGCUUGGCAGACAUAUUUCCAGAGGUGAAGCUCCAACCACAAGGAAAAAGCACCAUAAGAAAUUCAGAGUUGGUUGAGAGGGACUAUCUUCAAUACAACGACCCAAAGACGUAAUAUCACCUUCCUUCUUUCUUUUUUCCCUAAAUCUUUACAAACCCAAAACAUAAAAUCGAUGUUUUGCACAAAAUUAUGUCUGUUUUGCAGGGUGUUGCUUGGAGAAGCUUGCGAUGUUCUUGGUGGGGAAUUCUGUGAGCGUCCGUAUCAGAUGGGAAUUUACUAAACCGUGCAAUACUAUUGCUGUGUAGGCUCUUCGUCAUGUAAUUAUAUACGUAGAUGAUGAUAUGAUGCUUUUUUGAUAAAUAACAUAAUCUGUUUGUUAUGCAUAGAUUUUGAAAGUCCUUGAAGCAAACGUGGUAGCAACCUUCUAUAAUUCAAACUGAAAACUCGAAUGUGACUUAUUUGGAACGGACAGAGUAAUCUGUUUGUUAUGCAUAGAUUUUCCCACAUAACUUUCGAGUACUAAAAAGAAUUUGUCGAAAUGAUGUGUGUUUUCUUAAUAAGAAUCUUUUGUUAUACUUCGAUUACGAAAGAGUCCUUGAAAGAAAGCUAUGAUGAAUAAUGUAUGAAUUUCAACUCUGAUUUAUUAAGCAAAAACUACUUCCACAAUAACUAGCUAGGUCUUGGCUGCACUAAAACAACCAAACACUAGUUGUCCCAAGCUUUUUUGGCUUUAGGUUUGCUAAGCUUCUUCCCGUCACCAACAUCAUUUAUGACGCCUUCAUCAACAACGUAUGAAGCUGGAACAACAGGAACUAAACUUUCCACAUAAUUGUCGUCUAAAAAGUAUGUAUCCAAUUGACUUACACCGUCCCUCACGAUCUCCAAGCCCUCAUUCUCUGGAUCAUAAACAACAAGGGUUUGAGUACACCAUCUUUGCGGAAUAUGAACAUAACCCAAUAUCUUCCCGCCCGGGGUGACAUUAAUCGUACUGUUGGCGGGAGUAAAAUAACCUAGGCUUCCAGGUACGCUGAAUUGCUUCACCCACACAUUGGCCGAAUGAUCAUUCCCUUCCAUUGUCCAAAGCCCAUGCUCAAGUUUGAGUCUUGUCAUACCGAACAAGGCAAGGGACCCUUUGUAUAAUCUCAGAUUAGCAUCUCCAGAAAUAAAAUCGACGGGAACCCGGAAGCUGCCUGUAUCAUUUUCUCCGCCCAAUUGGACAUAGUGAACGCGAUCAAAACCAUGAUUCCAAUAGCAAAAACCGUCGUCGAUAAUACAAGCUCGGUUCCCGCGUGAAAAAUUAUUGAAAUCAAGAAUUCCAUUAGGAGGCCGAUUGUUUUUAUUAUACCGGGGAGAUUCCAUAACAGAGGAAAACAGGGUAGUCCAUGAAUGAGUUUUGAGACUAUAAACAUCAAACUUAUAUGUAGCCUGAUUUGCUUCCAAGGGUGAUUGAUGUGAUUGAUAUUUGGCCACUACAUAAUCCUGACUCCGACUAUCAUAUCCGAAACCAACAGCAAGAGUAAGAAAACCAUAAUCUAUACUACGAGGCAACAGAAUGGAUUGUCGCAGGGCAGGAUUCCACAAGUAUAUUUUAAGGUCCGCGUUACAGUUACAGUCUUUAACAAUUCAAAAGAUGCCAUCAACACAACUUACUAAACAGUUUUUGCUACCAAGAGAGAAGAACUCUGAUUCUGGCCGUUCACGAAGAAGAUCGGCCUCGGCGAUUUCUUCUGCAUCAAAAUCAGGGAUUUUGUUACAAUCAGGGCAGACGGGUCGAUGUGGUCCGGGUGGAUCGGAUCCUUUAUGAUUCGGAUUAUUAAGCCAGAUUCUCCAGGGUGGUUCUCCGGGAGGACCACCGGAUCCUUUAUGAUUGGGGUUAUUAAGCCAGACUCUCCGGGGUGGUUCUCCGGCCAGAAUCUGGCGGAGAUGGGACCGAGCGAAGCUGUUGAUACCUCCUUGUUUUGACGACAAUAUGAUGAGAUCGUACCACGAUGUACUCACGCAUGACAAUCUAACGAGGUACUUUACAGGCAGCCGGGCUAAGAUAUCCUCGCUGAUUUCAUUUGGAAAAUGCGGGAUUAGAUCUUUCGGUGAUUCUGCCGCCAUGUUCGUCCACCUGAGACGAUGGAUAGAAACAAUGAAAGAAUUUUCCCUGCUUAGCUAGGGUUUUUUCUGCAGGUGUUUUUUCUCAUUAAAUUUGUUCUUAAAUUUUUAACCCC